UUUCGCGAUAUAUGUAAAUAUCAUAUUAUUCAAAUCAGCAGCAUCGUUAAUUCAAGCUAUUAAUGGAAAUACAUAAACAAUUGAAGCUUAUCAUUGAUUAAAUCAUGGUCACAACUGAGCUGGUUAUGGAUAUUGCAUCCGUAUGUCGAAUUUGUCUACAGGACAGCGGCACACACAUGGUUUCCAUAUAUGAUCCCGAUGAGGAGCACCGGGGCCUUUCCAUUUGCGAGAAAAUUGAAAACUGCAGCGGAAUAAAAAUAACUCGCACCUCAGAGUUGCCCACCCGAAUCUGCCUGAAAUGUCGGGCUUUCUUGACGCUAGCUCACAAAUUUCGACAGAUUUGUCGGCAUUCUGAUGAUUUCCUAAGAGAAUACAUAUUUCAAGAGCUCAGCGAAGAGGAGAAAAAGCCCAUUGUGGACGAGGAACCAAGUCAGAUGUAUGAACAAGUGGAGGUAGAAGUGCUGCAUGAAGGCGUUUGGUGCAAUGACGAACUCAUUGAAGAAGUGCCUGCCACAGCAGAUCCCGUAGAGCCUUCUAGUCCAAUAGUUGCACCAGCUGCAGAGCCGGUUGCAACGCACGUCGUGGCUGGAAGGUCACAUGUCUGCGACAUCUGUGGCAAUAGCUAUCCGCGUAAGAGCACUCUGGACACGCACAUGCGGAGACACAACAAUGAACGACCAUACCAAUGCGAAAUUUGCCAAAAGACUUUCCAUGUCAACUAUCAGUUGAUGCGUCACAUAAGACAGCAUACUGGCGCCCGACCCUAUUCCUGCCAAUAUUGUCAACGCAAUUUUGCAGAUCGAACAUCUCUGGUGAAGCAUGAACGACUGCAUCGCAAUGAAAGACCCUAUGUAUGCAACACUUGCGGAAAAACAUUCACCUAUGCCAGUGUGCUCAAGGUGCACUACAAGACACAUACCGGUGAGAAGCCCCACAUGUGUAGACUAUGCAACAAGACCUUUGCCCGCAAUCACAAUUUGGUAGCCCAUCUUCAGACGCAGCAGCAUGUCAACGAUCCCCGUACCGCUGCCUAUCUACAGACUCUCAAGACCGCGACCGUCGGGGCUACUGCUGAAAUCAGCUGAGAAGCCUUACAAAUUACAUUUAUUAUUUACUAUAUGUGUUGUAUAUUAUUUAAUCUGGUUUUAUUUCAACUUAUGAAUCGUUCACUUAACAAGCCAGUUUACAACUCUUUACUUGUUGUAUAAAAAUGCCGAAUAAUUGAAAGUGAAAAA